AAUUUUUAUAAACAUAGACUAAAAAGAUUGAACAAGCUAUUUCCUGUCUUUGCCAUCUCAUCGCCAGGGAAUCUCAGACUUUUGUUGUAAGCUUGGAAUAUUUAGUUAAAAGAAAAAGAAAUUAUGUCUGGACCUCCUAGCUCUCAUCAUACUAAUAGUUCGACAUCAGGCUCCUCACCUGGUAGCAGUAGUAACCAGUCUAUAAGCUGUAGCCUACAGAACUUUCCAGUACCAGUGCAAUUACAGGCUCGUAUCCCACGGUCGCCAUUGGCCGUAGCUCAGGAAUUAUUGCCAAAUUUUCCUAGUCACCUGAACAGACAGCAGGAUUAUGAGGAAGGUGUCCACCACCUAUUUCCUACAAGUAUACAGCAGCAAAUACAACAGCAACUUCAGAUGCAGUUUCAACGACAGCUCCAAUUGAAUCUUCAAGGGAGAGGAGAGUCCUCCAGGGUCCCUGAAAUACCAGACCCCCCGGACACGAUUCUAGAUGUGGACAUACCAGGGGGAAAUAACCAGCUAAGUAACAGGGACAGCAGUUAUGGUUCAUCUUCUGUGAUAUCUGGUGGUGCGGCAGGGCCAAGGGGCCCUUACUCUCAGCUUUUGUUAGAAGCGUUGUUGAGAAAUCCACAGGUAGCCAGCCUUCAGCAAAGAAUGAACUCCAGCACGUCUGGGACUACAUCUUACCGCCUUGUUUCUGGCAAUAGCCACGGGCACCAGCACUCUCACAACUACAACAGCAUUGACAGCAGUAGCGACGCUGGUGCCUCACACAACAGCAACAAUUCUUUGGGCAUUAACUUUGGCUCCAAUGCUGGGGCCCCCGGUGUUUCUGGGAAUGGAGAAGGGGUCCCGAACACUGGGCUCCCUCAGUCCACCGAGUUGACAAUGUUGACUAAGUGGGUAGCAGAGUCUGGGAUAUUUAUUCUGCUGUUGUUUCUUCAUUUCUUGUACGAUCAUAGUCUAGGCCUGCUGGUGUUCUUGUGUUUAGGAGGUACAUUCUACUACACCAACAUGAAACUUGUACAUGCCAUUCACCAAUCAGCUGUCAGGGAGCAAAGCAGGUCAUGGCUGGGACUGUUAAACCUGAUGUGGCUGUGUGGAUUUCUCAUGGUCAACAUUGUCAUUAUAUUUUAUGUCUUUAGUGAGCAGGAAAUGUGGAGAUUGUUAUACUUCAGGAUGGCUAUAGUGGCAGACAUAUCAGUCUGGACGUUGCUGUGGUGUGUGGUACUAACAGACUACAUUAUCAAAUUCCUGACAGUCAUCACCAAGUCUAUACUCGCCAUGUUCCAACCUUGUUGUAAAAACUAUCGGCGAAGGGGUAAAUACUAUUUGUUGAUAGAGAGUAUAUCUCAGCUGUACCGCCAGAUAGUGACCAUUGUUCCCUGGUGGUAUUACCUGAGUGACAACACUAGGACUAGUGUCUGGUUUGCAUUCAUAACAGAAGCUGUCUACCUGGGAUUCAAGAGUUGGUCAGUGUGGGGCGCAGUCCAGUUCUUGUACACAGCCUUUCAAAGAUUCCAGUCUAACUCAUCAUUUGGUGUGAAGCCCAGUUCAAGUGAUAUGCUGGAUAAAGGCAACCAGUGCCCUAUUUGUCAAGAUACAAUCAAUGAUCCAAUCAUGUUACCUUGUAAGCAUAUCUUCUGUGAGCAAUGCGUGUCUAUCUGGUUUGAUCGUGAAAAGACCUGCCCGAUGUGUCGAGCCGAGAUCACAACAGAAUCUCCUGUGUGGAAAGAUGGCAACACAAGCUCUCAUCUGCAGUGGCACUGACCUGUAUGCUCCCUUGGGUGACAGCAAUGUUUUAUUCAGUUCUCCUCUCAAAGUGUCUCAUAACCUCUCGUACUCAGCAACCCUGUGCCUCAUUCAAGAUCUCUUCUUGGUUCUAGUUCUCACUCUUUUCUUUGUUUUAAUGUCACUGGCUCAUGAAUCAUGUUUUGUUAUUCACUAGUUGGCUCAUGACUAACUAGGUAUUUGUGAUUCACUAUUUAUUGGGCCCAGGUCAUUUAGACUUUGGUUUGUGAAUCACUUGAUAGUGUUGCGGUUCAUUGCAACUUACUAAUUUAUUGACUCCCUUGUUUAUUGUGACUCAGUGACUUCACAGUCUGAGUCUGUUUUGGGCGAUUCCCCUUAUUUGGGUAAAUGCCCACCCUCAGGUCAAUAGUUCCUAAUAAAUCAAUGAUUCAUUUUGAGUUGCUGGUUCACACUGAAGAGUUAAAAGAACAAAAGAAUUAUUAUUUAAUUCUUUUAGUAAAAAUACUCUGUUCAAGUGUUUCUGUGUUUUUCAUUUUGAACUUCUAUGUUUUUUUGUUUUUUUUGUUUUUCUUUUGUUCUAUCUUAGUGAUUGUAAUUAUUUAUACUAUGUUACAAGCUUCUUAUUUUUAGAUUGAUAGAUCUUAUUAAUUCACUAUAUUUUUUGGCUAAUGGGUUUCUGGCGUACAUUUUCUAUUAGUUAUCUGAAUGUUAAGGCUGUGACAUUAAAGAUUGUCUUCUGCUACAAUGACUACUUUCCCUUCAAAAUUGAUCCUUUAAUAUUAGGCAAUAAUGUUGAUUCAUGUCUAUAUCUCUGUAAGGAAGCCCAUUGUAUAGUGUACGGGCUGGAUGCAGGACUUAUUUACAUAGAGCUUUGAUCAUGUAUCGAGGUUUAAUCCACGCUGGUGGCUGGUGACGCUGGCAUGAGUAGAUAUUGUUGAUAUGAUGUACUGGCACCCUGUUGAAUUGUUAUUUAUUUGUUGUCCUUGACCUGUUUGUAACUACAAAAGUUUUAUGACAUGUGUUGACAGCUUUUAUUUUGUUGUAUUGGGUGAAGGGAAGUUUUUAAUUUUGUUAUUCAGUUGUUCCCCUUUUCAUUUUUCAACAAAGAAUUUUAAUGAUUGUAGCCCUUUGAUGAUAUGUAUCAAUAUUUAUUUUAUUGGUUUCAUAACAUUUUUACUUAUCAUAGAUUAGAUUGUUUGUGGAACUCAUCAAGUUAAUUGUUUUCAGGUCAUGAUGACCUAUUAUGACCACCAUAACAUGAAUAUAAGUAUUUAGUAUUUAAUUUGAGAUAUAUCUGAUUUCUAAUACUUUCCCAAUCUUAAAUCAGUAGGUUAGCACACAUUGUCACCAAACUUCCUGUGCUGUGUUGAUUAUCAUAGUUGAAUUACUUUGUUGACUAUUGUACUGGAACUAAUUUGUUGACUAUUGUACUGGAACUAAUUUGUUGACUAUUGUACUGGAAUUACUUUGUUGACUAUUGUAGUGGAAUUACUCUGUUGAUUAUUGUAGUGGAAUUACUUUGUUGACUAUUGCAGUAGAAUUACUUUGUUACACUUCAACACACGAGUAAACAACUAGGUCAAUGGUGCCCAACCUUUUGUUUAUCCUGGAGGUCAAGGAAAUCUCUGAUUACUGCCAAAAUUUACAGAUUCCAAUCCAAUUCUCUGAGGCUUCAUUGUGCACUGUGGACAGAAGUUUAUAAGAGCUGAAUAGAACAGCAUCAAGGGAUGGAUAUGUCCCGCAGGCCAUAGUUUUGGCAUCACUGAAUUACAUUGUUACUUAUAUGCAGUAAGUCAGUAGUUAAUAUCUCUAAAUCCUUUUUACUUGACAGCCACUCCUUUAUUGUCAACCAAGUAAAUAUGGUUCUACUGCAGAUGUAGAUGUAGAUGCUCACUCCAGGAGCCACUAACCAAAACAUUUCUGACUCUUUAUUUAAGAAAACAAAACAAAGAGCCACAAUUGAAAUCCAACUUUUCUAAUCAUGAUAAGUUUGUAUCUUUUGGGUAAUUCCGACAGAUCAUGCUUGAUAAAAGAAAAGAACAUAAAUUCAAAGUGAAUUAAGUUGUUUAGUUUAUGGGGGUGGAGACAUUUAGGGUAUGGUGUAAAGAGGUUAAGGAUAUAGGAUAAGGAGGCUUAGGAUAUAGGGUAAAGUGGUAUAAAUGUCAGUUGUGCUUCUACUAUUGUAUGUAAAGCAUAUUUGUGUUUGUAAUAAUGUAUUAUAGUAAUGUAAAGCACUGAAUGUUAUAGUUGUAUAAAAUAUCUAACAGUUAAUACAACUUUGUUAAAUAUAACUUUGAAAGCAAUUUUUUGAGUUUUUUACCAAAAGUUAUAACGCUAAAAUACAGUACCAAUAGGGAUGCAGUGUAAGGAUAGUUUAAUUGUAGUUCAUUUUGUAAGUCAUUUUAUUGUUGUUUUUGUGGUUAAAACAUUUUGUGUGCUUAUUUCCCUUGAGUUUUGAUUUUUUUGCUUUGUUUUGAUGACUGAAUUUUUUUAAGGUGUCAAUUUGUAUGACUCGAUGUAGAUGUAUGACUCAAGAAGUCAUGUUUUAUGAUGUACCAUGUAAAUGCUGUAUAGCUGCAGUUGUAAAUGAUGCAAGAAUCAAGAAGUUGCUGUCAACUCAAGAUGUAAAUGUUUGAUGGUUUAUAUUCUCAACAGUAAACUUUAGGUCAUAUUACGUUGUCAGUGGCUGUUUCAGUUAGAAUGUUUUAAAAUUUAAGAGGCAUUACUGUAUUGAAUUCUGUAUGUUUUUACUUGCUGCCUAAUCAUUGUUAUAGAUUUUAGAUCAUAAACCAGAUAUAGAGUACAGACCAUGGACUAAACCUCUUCCUGUAUUUAUCAAUAGGAAGAUGGUUUUUCUUUUAAUUUUGUAACUAACUUAUAAACUUGAGUCAAUGCUCUCUUUCAUAUUGCUAAAUAUCCUAACAAAAUGUUUUAGUAUAGCUGUUGCAUAUAAUAAUAAUAAUAAUAUUAAUAAGGUUUGUCUUCAAGUCCAAAGAUUCAUGAGAAGAAGAGUAUUUCAUGUGGCUAUGCAGCCCCAGCUGUGACCUACAUUCUUUGCCACAUCCACACAAGCCAAUACUCAGCAAUACAGUAUUUUAUAUACCUAGCUGUUGCAUAUAUCUUUUAAUAGACAUAAUUUAAAUAUAGUUUGAUGUUGACUUUAAGCUGUUGUUACCUCAGGAUUAUUGUUGAAAAAAAAAUGCACAGUAAAUAGUUAAUAUUUUUUAAGGGAAUAGGAAGGCAGGUGAGAUAACUCCAAGGGCACAUCCUAUUUAAACUGAAGCACUAGACUUAUAAGAUAUGAAUGUGUUGAGAUGUGUGUACUGAUGUGGAUGUCAGUGAUGUGAAGCACUAGACUUAUAAGAUAUGAAUGUGUUGAGAUGUGUGUACUGAUGUGGAUGUCAAGGCACUGACUUCUGCUACCUGGACUAUUUAACCAAAUGUGAUAAUUGCCUUCAAUGAAGAUUUUGUUUUGUUUCUUGUUCAACUCAUGUAUUGAAAUAAAGGGGAAGCUAUUCA